AUGAGGCUCUACACUGUGCUCGCGACGGCAUUCUUUCUUCUUGCACUCGUCAACGUUGUUGCUGCGAACGCGGCUGGAGUUUCAUCCGAUACCACUCGAUUGGCGGGGGAGAACAGCGUGGACAAGCGCCACCUCCGGAACCAGGAAACCUACGAGGAUGGAGACGAACGCAAGGACGAGGAGAGAGGGUUCGUACGAUUCUGGAUCUGGGAAGGCAGCCUGGGGCUGUUUACCAGAAGUAUCUGA